AACGACUUCCACAACAUCGGCCAGCUGGGCGCGGCGGCGGUCGCGUUUCUGACCGAUCUGGCCUUGGACGGGUUCGACACGGCGAACAGCAGGAUGACGGUGGCGGCGCUCAGGUCGGCGGCGAUGGCGGUGGCGGGGUGGAUGACAUGGAUGAACCCGCCCAGUAUGGCCGCCUUCGUGGCGCUGGUCCUCCGCGCGUGCCCGAGGCAGUCGGAGGCUCAUCGGCCGCGCGCGGGUUCGCUGGCGCCGCCGAUCGCGGGCUCGGGUUUCAACGCUUGGGGCCUCAUCGUGAACGACGCGAGGUCGGGCCGUCCUGGCAUUGCGGGGGCGCCCGACGAGCUGGUGCUCGUCGACGCCCCCGAGCUCUGGCCCGCGCUGCACGCGCCGACGCUCAACGCCCCCGCGGACGCGAGUCUCUGGAACUUCAGGCCCGCCGGCGCGGGCACGAAGUUCGCCCUGGCGCUGCGGGAGCUGGGG